AUGACUCCUAGGAACUUCCCAAGGACCUGGGCUCCGCAGGCUCUGACACGCAAGGAGGUGGGGGUGGGGGGACUGAGAGGGGAGCUGGGUUUCAGGAGAACCCGGGCGGCGCGGGCCAACCUGGGCCGGAUUGGGGUUCAUUCCCCAGCAGCGCCGUCGCUUUGGGUCUUCCUUCUCUUCAACUUCAUAUUGGCGCUACCAGAACCCCGAAGCGGUCCGCUGCUGCGCGGCGCAGUCGUCCCGCUCCUGGAGUCCGGCGUUCCCACUCCUGAACGCAGCCCUGAAGAAUGGGGCUGUGAAGUUUUUUUCAGGAAGAUCUUCAUCUUGCAACUGAUAGGGCUUGUGCUAACCUACAAUUUUACAGACUGUGACUUUGAGAGGAUUCAAGAUAUUUUCGAGGAAGUCAUACAUCACGAACUGAAAACUUAUAUAAAUGGGACGAAAAGUAUCGAGUUUAACAAAUUCGUCUACUGUGAUGAUAGGCCGGAUUGCCUCACUAAAAUCGAACUCUUUACCUUCAAACCCGUUCACGGCUGCACCUCACUCGCCAAGGAAGAAUUUGCCAAACGAACUAAGGCUGCAUUCGCACUCCAGUGCUCGGGCUACUCCGGAAUUCAGAUAAAUAAUACCCAGGCAAUGAGGAAAAGAGAAGUCAAAGCAAAUAAGUGCCUGGAGCAAGUCUCAUACUUGCUAGAACUAUGGCGCCGGUUCAGUCGCAUUUCAUAGAAACCAAAUCAAGCUUCAUUAAAGUCACAUUUCACAA